AUGAUACUCCUGGACAGAAAAGAGCCUGAGAAAAGAAAUCAAUGCAUCCAGACAGGUAUUGCCAAGUUGGGCGCUGUUGAUGCGGAUCAACACAAAUCGCUGGGUGGCCAAUAUGGCGUCAGGGGCUUCCCAACCAUCAAGGUCUUUGGAGCCAAUAAGAACAAGCCAGAGGAGUACCAAGGUGGACGCAGCACCCAGGCCAUCGUGGAUGGAGCCAUCAACGCUCUACGUGCUCUGGUGAAGGAGAAGGUGGGUGGGAAGUCUGGUGGAUCUGGCUACAGCAGACAGAGUGAUGACGGCAAGAAGGAUGUGGUGGAGCUCACUGAUGACAACUUUGACAAGCUGGUGCUGGAGAGCGACGACGUAUGGCUGGUGGAGUUCUUCGCCCCCUGGUGUGGACACUGCAAGAAUUUGGAGCCUGAGUGGGCAGCUGCAGCCACAGCUGUUAAGGAGCAGACGAAGGGCAAAGUUCACCUGGGAGCAGUGGAUGCUACCGUGCACCAGGUUGUGUCUGCUCGCUACGGGAUCCGUGGAUUUCCCACCAUCAAAAUUUUCCGCAAAGGCGAACAGCCAGAAGACUACCAAGGAGGUCGCAACCGUGGCGACAUCAUCGCGCAAGCUGUGGAACUGUUCUCAGACAGCGCACCCCCUCCAGAGCUGCUGGAGAUCCUUAACGAGGACAUCUUGAAGAAGACCUGUGAGGACAGUCAGUUAUGUGUCAUCGCUGUGCUGCCACACAUUCUGGACAGGUCUGGUGCUGCUGGAAGAAAUGACUACCUGCAGGUGAUGAUGAAGAUGGCUGAGAAGUACAAGAAGAAGAUGUGGGGGUGGCUGUGGACUGAGGCAGGAGCUCAGAUGGAGCUGGAGGCCUCUCUGGGUAUCGGUGGGUUUGGAUACCCCGCUAUGGCCGCUAUCAAUGCCCGUAAGAUGAAAUUUGCUCUGCUCAAGGGCUCCUUCAGUGAGACGGGCAUCCACGAGUUCCUCAGGGAACUUUCUGUGGGGCGUGGCUCAACUGCUACAUUUGGAGGCGAUGCUAUGCCCAAGAUUCACACAGUUGAACCCUGGGAUGGCCGAGAUGGACAGCUUCCUGUGGAGGAUGAGUACGACCUCAGUGACAUAGACCUGGAUGAUGAUUUUGGGAGGAUCGAGUUAUGAGCCCAAACUGGCCGGGAUCUGUUCCAGGCUGGAUCCGCUCUGGGCCUCUCGUCUCCUGUGGAUGAACGGGAGUCCCGGUCUGUCAGUUGCUGAAAUACUCCAGAAAAGAACACACACGAGAGACCCUGCAGUUUCUCACAUCGUCGUCAGAUGCAGUAACAGGAGGGGGCGGCAGCUUGCGCUGUGACCCUGGACUGAACUCUGCAUAUCCCUGCUGAACUCCAGAAGCUGCAUUUUUAU